AUGAUUAGUGGGUUUUAAACAGGAAAAAAUUAAAAAAUUUAGUUAGUUGAAAAUGAAAAAUGCAAAAAGAUUAUAAUCUAAUUUGAAGAUCUAUCAGAAGAUGAAGAAGAAAUAUAAAAUUCAGAAAAUUAACCAACAAAAUAGGAUUUAAAUAUAUUUAAUUCACUUACUAAGGAAUCCAUUAAAAUUAACAAUUAACUUUACCAUCCUCGUAAAUUUGCUGAACAAGAAUUUAAAUUUUUGAGUAAAACACCUAGAGAUUCACUUUCAGAAAAGAAAAUCUCAUAUUAAACAGUAAUUAUGGGAGAUGAGAUAUAAAAAGAAAUUAUUACACCAAUUAAAAAGAAAGAGUCAAAUAAUAAUGAGAUUUUUUAAAUGAAUGCCAUAUUACUUUCAAAAAUUAACAAAUUACCAAAAUGUUUAAUUGGAGAAAGAUUUUAUGAAUUAUCAAAAUAAUUUAUGAAAAAUUCUAUAUUGAAAAUAAGUUCAUUUUGUAGAUCACCAAUAAUACCCUAAAAUUUAGAUUGCUAAUUAAUUAAGGAAUAUUUUAAGUAAUAUGAUGUUGAAAUUAAUUGGCUUUUCAAUAAGCUAAAUUAAUAUUUUGGAAAUUAUAGUCAAAAAAUAAUUAUACAGAUUAAAAGCUACUUUUAGAAUUAGAAUAUCGCUAUUUUAUUUAAUAUAGAUUAUAAAGUAGAACAAUAAUUCAAGAAAUAUGGACAAAUGAUUAAUCAUUAAGUCAACAUAUGA